UUUCAUUGCCAAGUAGAACUUGCAAUUCUUGAGUGAGUAAUAAAGACUAAAGAGAUCGAGAUAGAGAUUUUGCAAUUCUUAAUUUGUUCAGUAAAAAGAAUUUAAAAAAACGAUGGCUGGUAUUUCUGUUGGCGUCUGGACUUCUGCUUUUGGUGUCCUCGGUAACAUCGUCUCGUUCAUGGUGUUCCUUUCUCCACUGCCUACAUUUUAUUCGAUUUACAAGAAAAAAUCAACUGAAGGCUAUCAAUCAAUUCCUUAUGUGGUUGCACUAUUCAGUUGCGUACUUUGGAUAUACUACGCACUUCUCAUGCCCCAGUCCAACUUGAUCUUCAUUAUCACUAUAAACACCAUUGGCUGCUUUAUUGAAACAUUUUACGUUGGCAUCUACCUUUUCUAUGCACCAAAGAAAGCCAGGGUCCAAACUGUGAAGAUGCUUCUUUUAUUAGUGGUUGGUGGCUUUGGAGCUAUGGUUCUCGUUAUCCAAUUUCUAUUCAAAGGCGCAGUUCGUGGCCAAAUUGUUGGAUGGAUUUGCCUUGUGUUUUCGGUAUGUACGUUUGCAGCACCAUUGUGCAUUUUGAGAAAAGUAAUCAAAACCAAGAGUGUGGAAUACAUGCCAUUUCUCCUAUCACUUUUCCUCACACUCAAUGCUGUCAUGUGGUUCUUCUACGGUCUUCUAAAAAGAAACAAAAUUGUUGCAAUUCCAAACAUCUUGGGAUUCACCUUCGGUAUUCUCCAAAUGAUACUUUAUGUGGUAUAUAACAAGAAAGAGAAGAACGUCAUAAAGGAGCAGAAACUUCGGGAGCUACAAAAUCAUGUCAUAAUUUCAGAUGAGCAGAAAAAGCUUCCCCAAUUAACUGAAGAGCAGAUUAUUGAUAUUGUGAAGCUUGGUGCAAUUGUUUACUCAGAGAAAUUUAAUGCACGUGGAACUGAAGCAGCUAAAGUUGAGAAUAUGCCCAAGCUGCAAACUGUGGAUGCCUAAGAUCGAUUUAGUAAACCUAAAUGAUUACUUGGCAUUUUCCUUUAAUUUACUUUUAGUUUCCUAAUCUUCAAGUGUUUGUACACUAAUGAAUAUCUCAUGUUCCAAGUAAUCUUUCUCUUGUGAAGAAUAAUAAAAUGUCUGUAUGUGCUGUGACAGUUUUUUGCUA